AUGUGCAAUAGACUCUGUUUCAAAGCGAAACGUAUUCAUGAUGCCUUAGAAUCUGGUAAAUUUGUAAAAUCAAAUAGCUGUAAUUCUUCAGAGAAUACACUUCAAAGUCAAGAGAAAGCAUCGCAUUCUCUUUCGAAGCUUGAUGAUAAUUUAGACUCUGUAAAUACAGAUGAAGCUACAACAAGCAAUUCAGGCUUAAAUCUUCCACCAGCUCAUUUAGGUGAGAUUGACACUGAGUCGCAGGAAUCUACUCCUGCACAGUAUCCAUUUGUUGAAUUGGUUCAAAAUAAAGAAUCCAAUCUCAUGACUAGUCCCGAUAAUAUACUAGCUGAAACACAAGACUUUUCAGAACCUGCAGAUAUUAGCCUGGCUAUGCUGUGUCAUAGAAUCAGUCGUCUACAAACUGAAGCUGAGGCUGUUGCUAAAGCCAUUUCAGCUAAUGGUGGUGGUUCUAUAAGAAAUAAACAAUCAAUAAGUAUACCCGUAUCCAAUCAGCAAUACACUGGGAAUAAUAGCGUUGCAUACGAAGAACAAUCAACCAUUACUGAUCUUAAUACUUUAGUGAGCAGUAGUGACAACAACAACAACAAUGGUAAUCGAAAUAACGAAAUAUGCAGAAACGACAGUCAAAAGUUAUCACAGAAAUCUCAGGAACAAACUGGGCAUGCUCUCAGGUCAACUAAUAAAGAGGGACAAUUCCAUCAAUCAAGUAAUAGUCAAGAAAAUGUCUGAACAACAGAUAAGACAGAGAGUUGUUAGGUGAGUUCCACCAACAUGAAGGCUAUCAUCAUCGCAUACGAAAUGUAUGCGAUGUAUGCACAACAUUUCACUUGAAAUUUUUCUCCGAUUAAUCAAUUGAAUCUGUAAGAUGUAAUAAAUAAUAAUAUAGGUCAAUAAAAGGAAACCUAUGAUUAUAAUUACCUCAGGUGGCGAG